UUGCCUUUCCUUCCAGGUCAUGGAGGGGGUGUGCCAACCUCGAUCGGGAAGAGGCGGAAGGUGGACUAUGGGAUUCCCAAGCAGCCGCAAUCUCGUCUGACCCCGAUGGCCGCAGCAAAGGCCUCUUCGGAGGAGACCAUGGAGCUGCGGCUCCAGCAGGCCCAGCGCUUCAAGGAGGAAGGGAAUCUCCAUUACAAAGAGGGGCGUUUCCGUGAUGCCGUGAGCCGUUACCACUGGGCCCUCCUGCAGGUGAAAGGGCUGGAUCCCAGCGUGCCUUCUCCGCUGCAGGAAUUUGGCGGGGAGAGGCCACAUGUAACCCUUGAACAGGAGCGAGCUCUUCACAGCACCCAAAGUGACUGCUACAAUAAUCUUGCUGCUUGUCUCCUCCACAUGGAACCUGUGAACUAUGAGCGAGUGAAAGACUACAGUCUAAAAGUCCUAGAAAGGCAGCCAGAGAACACAAAAGCCCUGUAUCGUGCUGGAGUGGCGUUUUAUCACCUGCGGGAUUAUGACAAAGCGCGCCGGUAUCUCCUGGAAGCUAUCAGCAAACAGCCCAAAGAUGCCAAUGUGAAGCGUUACUUGCAGCUGACAGAGUCCCAGCUGAGCAGCUACCACCAAAAGGAGAAGCAGCUUUAUAUGGGGAUGUUUGGAUAGAGGCAGCAGUUCCUGCCUAAAUGUACCUGGAUGUGGAGUUGCCCUGGAUCCCAUUUUUCUUGCGGGCUGUACCUGGUCAUUGGCGCUGAAGGUUUCAGACACGUCAUGCCUUGAUGUGCUUAACAGACAGUUUAGCCUUUGAGGAUGUGAAGAGAGGAGGGGGGGGCUGGGAAACUUUCUUCACUGUCAGCAUUUUGGAAUGGAAAUGGAUGGGGGAUGGAUGAUGCAGCCCCGUAAUGGUCCCCUCCCUCCACUGGAGCUGAAGCAGGAGCCACAGUGGGCAGGUCUAAUGGUUAUUUCUUUUGUUGGUUCAUAAUUGUUUUGGGAAUCCCCUUUUAUCUAUGUGUCUUAUUCCUUUUGCUUGAAAAUAAAGGGCCUGAGGCUAUGAAGACCACUGAA